AUGGGAGAAGUAGACGCAGCCUUCAUCCAAGCCACCGAGCACCGCCCAAAACUCGCUGUUGUCGAAGCAGACGGUAUUCCAUUGAUUGAUCUCUCCAUUCUAAACUCCCCCGACUCGCCUGAGCCCAACACCACAGUUGUAAGACCUCUUAUAACUGAGAUAGGCGAGGCCUGCAAAAAUUGGGGUUUCUUCCAGGUGAUCAACCAUGGGGUGCCAUUUAAACGCCGGAAAAGUCUCGAGAUCGCGGCGAGGAAGUUCUUCGCUCUGUGGAAGGAGGAGAAGGAGAAGGUGAGGAGAGAUGAAGUGAACCCAUUGGGGUAUUAUGAUACUGAGCAUACCAAGAAUGUUAGAGACUGGAAAGAGGUGUUUGAUUUUACCAUACAGAAUCCAACACUGCUGCCUGCUUCUCUUGAGCCUGAUGAUAAGGAGGUGAGAGAGUGUAUUAAUCAGUGGCCCGAAAAUCCACCAGAAUUGAGAGAAGAAUGUGAACACUAUGCUGAAGAAGUGCAAAAACUAGCUUACAAAUUGUUGGAACUGAUAUCUCUGAGCUUAGACCUGCCGGCUAAUCGUUUGAGUGGAUUCUUCAAAGACCAAACUAGCUUCAUCCGGCUCAACCACUAUCCGCCUUGUCCCGUUCCUCACCUAGCUCUUGGGGUUGGCCGGCACAAGGAUGCUGGUGCCCUAACCAUCCUCGCUCAAGACGAUGUUGGAGGACUCGAAGUGAAGCGAAAAACAGAUGGAGAGUGGAUUCGGGUCAAACCUACUCAUGAUGCUUAUAUUAUCAAUGUUGGUGACAUUAUUCAGGUUUGGAGCAAUGAUAGGUAUGAAAGUGUGGAGCACAGGGCAGCAGUGAAUUGUAAGAAAGACAGGAUCUCCAUCCCAUUCUUCUUCAACCCCGCUCACUACACCAAUGUGAAACCCUUGGAAGAGCUAACAGAUGAUCAAAACCUUGCCAAGUAUAAGCCAUAUAACUGGGGGAAGUUUUUUGCAACCCGAAAACGCAGUAAUUUCCAGAAACUUAAUGUUGAAAAUAUUCAAAUCUCUCAUUUCAGACUCUUAGAGAAAUCUGUUUAAAGAGGGAAGAAUCGUCUUUGUGCAAGCAUCAUCAAUAAGAGUGUCUUAACUUUGCCUUCUCGUAAAAUAUUAUCCUCUGUAUAAU